UGGUUGUUUUUGUGUUUAUAGUGGUUUAUAUAGCAUACAAUUGCCUCAGUUUUCUUUAAUAUUAAGAGAAAUAUGAAUGAUUACCACAUACCAUGAAGAAGGAGCGCACUGGCGACAACUGUCGCCCAUUCAAAUUAGCUCACCAAAUUCUUAGUUUGACUGGGAUUAGUUUCGAAAGGAGAAGUAUUAUUGGCUUUGUUGAACUAACCGUAGUCCCAUUGAAGGAUAACUUGCGGUACAUACGAUUGAAUGCAAAGCAAUGUCGCAUCUAUCGCGUUUGCUUGAAUGACCGAUAUGAGGCUAACUUUCAAUAUUGUGACCCAUUCUUGGAUAUCUGCCAAGCUGACCCAAACACGAGAUCCCUGGAAGUAUUCUCGCAAUGCCACCUAGCAGCAGCUCAAAAGAUUGACCCAGAUCACAAUUCCGGAGAGCUCCACAUCCAAGUCCCCGAUGAUGCAGCGCACCUGGUGGGCGAAGGCAGAGGCCUCCGCAUCGGCAUUGAGUUCUCUCUGGAAUCUCCACAGGGUGGGAUGCAUUUUGUGGUGCCAGAAGGAGAGGGGUCUUUGGUUGAGAAAUCAGCUCACAUGUUCACCUAUGGUCACUCAGCUCGCCUUUGGUUCCCCUGCGUUGACAGUUUUGCUGAGCCAUGUACAUGGAAGUUAGAGUUCACUGUUGAUGAGUCCUUGACUGCAGUCUCCUGUGGAGAGCUGCUAGAUGUUGUCUACACACCUGAUCAUAGGCGGAAGACAUUCCAUUAUGUGGUUAAUACGCCUGCUUGUGCGCCAAAUAUCGCCUUGGCUAUUGGACCUUUUGAGACAUAUGUGGAUCCAUUCAUGAAUGAAGUGACUCACUACUGUUUACCAAAUCUAAUGCAAGUACUGAAGAACACUGUGCGAUACCUACAUGAGGCGUUUGAGUUUUAUGAAGAGACAUUGUCCACUAGGUAUCCAUAUCCGUGCUAUAAACAAGUAUUUGUAGAUGAGACUGAAGACGACGCAACAGCCUACACAACAAUGUCUAUUUUGAGCGUCCACCUCCUCCACUCAAUAGCCAUAAUCGAUCAAACCUAUAUCAGCCGCAAAGCCAUGGCCCAAGCCGUGGCAGAACAAUUCUUUGGCUGUUUCAUAACUAUGCAGAACUGGUCGGAUCUCUGGCUGGCCAAGGGCAUACCUGACUAUCUAUGCGGGCUAUAUUCCAAGAAGUGCUUUGGCAAUAAUGAGUAUAAGUAUUGGACGCAUCAAGAGUUGCAAGAGGUUGUGACAUACGAAGAGCAGUAUGGCGGUAUCGUUCUUGAUCCGUGGCAACCGCCGGCGAGCGGCGCUCGCGUUGAUCCCAAAGACGUAUUUUACUUCCCAGUGAGGAAUGUGCACACCAUGUCACCAAGGUAUAUUGAGGUAAGUACAAUACCAUGAAGACUGAGGAGUUAUCUCCGAAUGUUAGAACAACGAAUCGGCCAAGAACUCCUCCUCCAAGUAUUCAACAAGCAACUUUCCCUCGCUACUAACGCGGCCAACACUAAAAUAGGCGGCGGUCUGUGGGGACAACUCUUGUUGUCGACGAAUUUGUUCGUGAGGGCCAUAUUCACGGUAACUGGGAAGGAUAUGGCGGUGUUUGUGGACCAGUGGGUCAGGACUGGCGGGCAUGCCAAGUUUCAGCUGACGUCAGUGUUUAAUAGAAAACGAAACACGGUAGAACUAGAAAUCCGUCAAGACUGCGUCCACGAACGUGGAAUCCGCAAAUACGUCGGGCCCCUCCUGGUCCAACUCCAAGAGUUAGAUGGCACGUUUAAGCACACGCUACAGAUUGAAAAUACUGUGGUGAAGGCUGAUAUAACGUGUCACAGCAAAAGUAGAAGGAAUAAGAAGAAGAAGAUUCCACUUUGUACGGGAGAAGAGGUUGAUAUGGAUCUCUCGGCUAUGGACGAUUCGCCAGUCCUCUGGAUCCGUCUCGACCCCGAGAUGUCCCUCUUACGAAGCACCGUGAUUUCACAACCCGACUACCAAUGGCAGUACCAACUCAGGCACGAGCGUGACGUCACAGCCCAGAGCGAAGCCAUCGACGCGCUACAUAACUACCCCGAGCCGGCGACGAGGAAAGCACUGACUGAUACUAUAGAGAAUGAGCAGACGUAUUAUAAGAUUAGGUGUCGAGCGGCGCAUUGUUUGACGAAGGUUGCAAAUGCUAUGAUCAGUUCAUGGGCGGGUCCUCCGGCCAUGUUGACGAUAUUCCGCAAGAUGUUCGGAUCGUUUUCGGCGCCGCACAUUAUAAAGCAGAACAACUUUGACAACCUGCAGCAUUACUUCUUACAGAAGACUAUACCGGUCGCUAUGGCAGGCCUACGCAACAUCCACGGCAUCUGCCCGCCCGAAGUGGUGCGAUUCCUCCUCGAUCUGUUCAAGUACAACGACAACUCGAAGAACCACUUCUCAGACAACUACUAUAAGGCGGCGUUGGUCGACGCUUUGACGGCGACCAUCACACCUGUCAUAUCUGUGCUGCAACCGGGUGCCCCAAUAACAGCAGACUCCCUCGCAGCGGACACAAAACUAGUUCUAGAAGAGAUCACCCGUGUUCUAAACCUAGAGAAAGUACUACCUUGUUACAAGAACACAGUGACAGUCAGUUGUCUAAGAUCCAUACGACGAUUACAGCAGUGCGGACAUCUUCCGAGCAUACCCACAGUGUUCAGGGCUUAUGCACAGUACGGGCAAUAUGUUGAUGUACGCCUCGCCGCUUUCGAGUGCCUAGUCGACUUCGUCCGCGUAGACGGCAAGCCGGAAGACCUGAGUUCCCUCCUGACCACAGUGGAAAGCGAUCCCGACCCUCACGUUCGACACGGCCUGGCGAGAUUACUGGUCAGCAACCCGCCUUUUGAGAAGGCUCAGCGGCAUAGGUUGGACACGGAGGCUGUUGUGCACAGAAUAUGGAACAACAUAAACAGCCACCUAUCAAACGACGCUCGCCUCAGAUGCGACCUGGUCGAUCUCUACUACACCUUAUACGGGCUCAAGCGGCCAAUAUGCGUGCCUCUACCCGAGAUUCAGGCCAUGAUGAAACAAAUGCAGCACAAAGAGCGAGAGAGGCUGGAGCGAGAAAAGGACAGAGAGAAGGAUAGGGAAAGGCUGAGAGAGAUGGAGCUGAAUAAACCGGUUAUUAAGCAAGAACUUCCUGAGAUUAAAUUUGAAGCCGAGGAGCCGACCACCGUAGUUCCCAGCCUGGACUCCGGCAUCAUAAUGCCGACUCCAAUGGAGUUGGAUAUCAAGACCGACUUGCCCGUUCCUUUGGCCAACAUUAAGGAGGAAGACCUUAAGAUUGACGUCACUUCGGUCCAUGAUUUGCCGAUCAGGGUCUACAGUGGCGAUGACUCAAAACGGGAGUUCAUAUCGGACAACGCAGCCCCGCUGCCGGGCAUUCCUGGCUCGUCCGGCCCCAUCGGCUUCGAGCCCGGCAUGUUCCGGCGCGACAAGGACGACAUGGGCGCUCCAAAGGCAAAGAAAAAGAAGAAAGAAAAGAAAAAGCACAAACACAAACACAAGCAUAAACACAGCAGCAAAGACAAAUCCGGCAAAGACAAAGACCAUAGAGACAAAGACCGUUUCCCUCCCCGCCCCCCUUCUAGCACUGACCAUCUCAAAAUCAAGGAGGAAACGCGGGAAACACUUAGUUCAUUCAGCUCCAGUCAAAGUCCUUCUGAGGAUAUAUCGUCUAUGCCCAGUAAUAUGAGUUUUUAAAACCAUUAUCAGUCCAACCUU